GGCCAAAUCCUGCGGUGGCAGUACCAAGAAAAGCCGGGAGAUCGUGCAAGGAAAUGCGUCUUACAACAAAGGCGUGGCACUGGCUGCACAUAAACCUGAAUAAAAAACUGUAGCAAGGACUCGUAACGGUAUAAAUGGGAAAAUAUGAGGUAAACAAAUAUCAAAACUGGUACCACAUUGUCAUUUCGCGUAAACUGGCCGGUGCCUGUUGACGGGGAAGUUUGAACAUGCAGCUCGAACUGAUAUUCCUGCUCCUGUUGGAAGUUAGUAGGGGGGCGCCAAACGAUGGUUUCCCCAUCCUGAACCCAGGGGGCAUCGGGGGCAUUUUCAAAGGCCCCGACUCAGAAACCAUCAUCCGCGGCCCGGACGGUAGCCAGAUUAGCUCAGAACAGACGGGCGGCUCCAUAGUGAGCCCGCAGGGAUUUGCUGGUCCAAUCGUGGCUGCUGAUGCUGCCAUUUCCUCAGAGCCUCCAUUGAUUGACGUUGAACACAUCAGCUCCCCUCUUCCAGUGGACGUGAAGCCUAUUGAGAUCGUGCAGCAGGAUCCGCAUAUAAUAGAGACUGAGAUCGUCGCCGCCCCCGAUGUGGAGCCGGAGCAAAGCUCCGACCUAAAAGGACCCUCUGGUCGGAUCAUCACCAAGGGUUCGGCCUCAAUUGUGUCUGGACCUGCCUCCACUACUAUUACAGAGCCCAGAAAAGUCAUCGUGGCGCCUGCGAGAAUUGCGCCAGAGCUUCUAGUUGAUUCCCUCCCAGUGCUGUCGUCCACAGUGGCUCCUCUGGUUUCUUCAGCAGAGCCUCUAGUUCCCCUGGGCCUUUCCACGACGGUUGCUCCCGUGGAGUUGGGAUACUCCACUGAGGCUCCUCUCACCUUAGUAGACUCGGGCAGGAUUGAUUUGGGCCAGGUUUCAACCAACUCCCUCAGUCUUCCUGAUGUGGCGAGCGGCUCGGUGCCCGAAGUGGAGUACAGCUCUUCCUUUGGAGUGCUACACGCCCAAGAACUUCCAGCUAGUGGCAGGCUGUAUGCAUCUACUGAUCUGCCUCCAGCGGCCAGCACUCUCUUUAGCCCCACCACUGCGGGUCAUUUGCUGCCGCCCGAUGCCCUAGCAGAGUCCACUGUGCAGUCGAUAUCUUCCACGGCGUCCCCCAAUAUUCAGAAGAUCCGCAGGGUUGAAGAGGAGAGGAUUGCAGCGGAUGGGCGCAUAGAUCUGGGAGAUUCCGUUCCUCCCAAACCUACUCCUCAGUCCUCAUACCAAAUCCCCCAGGUUCUAAGCCUGGCACUGUCGAAGUUCUACGAAAAAAGCGCCGUUAAGGACGGUAAUGGGGUGGCCAUUGACGACAAGUUAGGUGAACUGGACCAGAACGAAAUUCCCCUGGCUACUAGCCAGGGCUACUUGCUGCCCCCCGAUCUUUCACAAGCCAAGUAUAUCGCUCCAGCGCUGGAAAGGCAGGGCGUCGACCCUUCCCAAGUUACUCUGGCCCAAGUACCUCUGUCGCAAGUCAACAAAUUCACCUCUGGAUAUCAACCUGGAUACGGCAGGAUAUAGGCAAAGUGCGAAGCAUACUACUACUAGUCAAAUAACGCUAAUACUGUGUUUAAGUAAUUAUUAUAUUAAAAGUUCACGCAUAAAAUGUGAAGCAAGUGCAAAGAAA